GCAGAUUAGCGGCGCAGCCCUCGGCUUCUAAAAGUGACGUCACUUUCCUGCGCCCAAAGCUCAACCGCAAGCUCGAUGUUAGAGACGAUAGUUUCGAGCUAACGCUUCUAAGCAUGGCCUCUAAAGCAGCGAAGGGUAAAAAGGUGGUGAAUCAGGAUGAACUGCGGAAGCUGAUGAGGGAGAAGAAGCGGCAGGACGAGCGGCACAAACGCGUCGAGUCUCCCUACGCCAAGUACAACAGCCUGGGCCAGCUGAGCUGCGUGCUGUGCAACGUGCAGGUCAAGACGGAGAUCCUGUGGCAGGCUCACAUCCUGGGAAAACAGCACAAGGAUAAAGUGUCAGAGCUCAAACAGAGCGCGGGGAAAGUUCCUCAGGCUCCACAAGCAUCCACCCUGAAGAGGAAGGCUGCAGAACCGGAAGUGCAUGAUGGGAAAAAGCCUAAAGCCUCAGGUGCUGAGUUCUUCCAGCGUAAGACUGGUACAAGUGGACCAGGUGCAGGACUCGGACUCCUGGCUGGACAAUAUGAUGAUGAUGAUGAUGAUGACGACGAGAAUGAUGAUAAUUCAGGUAAAGGUGCAAGUGAUGAUGUAAAGCAGCCAGAUCCUGCGACUGAUGAACUUCCUGCUGAUUUCUUCGACAGCAGCGUCCCUGAAAUUCCAUCCUGCCCGACCGUGUCUCACUCAGGAUCCAUCUCCAAAGCCGAGGCGGAGAAACCCGUGGAGAAGAAGGACAACAUGGCGGAGGUGCUUCCCGAAGGCUUCUUCGACGACCCGGUCCGAGACGCCAAGGUGCGAAACGUGGACACUCCGAAGGACCACAUGGACAAGGAGUGGGAGGAGUUUCAGAAGGAGAUGCGGCAGGUGAACAGCGCCUCGGAGGCCAUCGUGGCCGAGGAGGACGAGGAAGGGCGCCUCGAGAGGCAGAUCGACGAAAUCGACGAGCAGAUCGAGUGCCUGCGCAGGGUCGAGGUGUUGCGCACUAAACAGGAUGCCGUCAAGGACAAGGUGAAGAAGAAGACGGAGCUGGAGGAAGAGCGACUUCUCUCAGGAAGUGGAGGUGGUGAUGAAGAGGAGGAGGAAGAUGAGGAGGAACUGAUGAAUGUGUUGGGCAGAGACUGGAGAGCCAAAGGAGCGCUCGCGUAGCCUCACGUCUCUCCGCAAACCGUCCAGCGAAGAACUGGCGCAAGUGUUUCAGCAAUAUGAGUUAGAGUUCAGUUCCUUCUUACUGUCUGACUUCUACUUUCUUACAGUUCGCUAUUAAAUCUUGUAAUUUCAUUACGUGGGAUUUCAUGGAGUUUUCACAAGCGCAUGUGAUGUUUGUAUCUUCACAGCAGUGGUGAUGUUCGCAAUCCAGAUUUGGUCUAUUAUCAGUUUUCCAGCUCAGUCAUGGCAAGAAAUUUCCAAAAAGCGUGAACAUUCACCUGCAUUCAGAGUGUGUAAGUAGUGCAGAGUAAAACCUCUCGACAGGGAUCAACAAAUCAGUAGCCUGAUUUUGCCUGUAGACUAAAUUUUCAUAGUCAAUCUGCAGUCAAAUAUGUUUAGUAACAACUAGAAAAAGAAAAUCUACGAUAAACUACUCCUUUAUUGUCUUUUUUUAAAAAUAAAAGAUUUCAUUUUGAUAUGUAGCUGUGUUUAAAUGUAGCGCUUUUCACAGUAUUGUGACGCACCUCAAUGCGAGCUACUCGUUCCGUGUCCCGCCGCCCGCUGCACUACACACAUCAGCUGAGGCUUGAGCGGAAUUGGCGUUGGAACGUUAUUUAUUCGGCGUAUUAAUUCGCAUGAACAGAUGACGGAUGAGCUUUUCAGAAUCAGGAACACGUAGGUUUGUGAAAACGAAAAAUUCCAGCAUUGAAAUUUUUAAAAAAUAUAAAAAUGAUAGUGAAUAUCUUUUACGUUCGAUACGAGGACGGAAAGUUCAGCUCAUAGCCGAAACAUUAGCCAAUGACUUUUGCUGACUUUUUUUUUUGAGGACACAACCAUGAUGUGCUACAUUAGCAGCUUCGUUAAAAGAGGUCAAUAUUAAUCAACUUAUCUAGCUAACUAGCUUACAACGUUUUAGCUGAGAAAAACACAGGACCGGGCAGCACUUACCCAAUAGGCUAGCUAAGGAACUUAUGACUUGUACACCCCUGUCUCAAGAAUAGCUGCCUUUAUAUGUCUAAUAUGAAAUCAAUAGGUUUGAUUUCUGGCUUUUUGUGUACAAGGGUGAAAAUUGAGGUACAGAGCAACGCACUGUACCACUGUACAUUUG